AUGGUCCAUGGAUCCCAAGAUCGACACGACUAUGAGUUGGAUGAGUUCAUGGGAAGGGGAUCACCUAUGAGGGGAUCAGAUGCAAAGCUCGAACUAAGUGAUAACAGAAUCUCAGGCGGGCUAGAAGUUUUGGCAGAAAAAUGUCCGAACCUCACACAUCUCAACCUCAGCGGCAACAAAAUCAAAGAUCUCAGCACAAUAGAACCUCUGAAAAAAUUGGAUAACCUGAGGAGUCUAGACCUUUUCAAUUGCGAGGUGACAAACCUCAAUGAUUACAGAGAAAAUGUCUUCAAGUUUCUCCCACAACUGACGUACCUCGAUGGAUACGAUCGCGAAGACAAAGAGGCACCGGACUCGGAUACUGAAGCGUACGCAGAAGGUGUGGACGAUGAUGAUGAGGAGGAAGACGAAGUUGACGAAGAGGAAGAUUAUGAUGAGGCAGUUCAGUGUGAAGAGGAUGAAGAUGAAGAAGGGGAGGAGGAAGAGGAAGAUGAGGAUGAAGAGGAGGAGGAUGGGGAAGAGGAGGAAGAGGCUCUCAGUGUAGAGGAAGAGGAGGAAGAGGAAGAGGACUUCAACGAUGGUGAAUUAGACGAAGAGGAGGAAGAGGAUGAACAAACAGGGAUCAAAGGACAGAAGAGGAAACGAGAUCCUGAGGAUGAAGGCGAAGAAGAUGAUUAAAUUUUGGAUGUUAACCUACUGUGAUUUUGUUUUUAUCUGUUUUCUCUACCACUUCCCCUUCCCCCACCCCACCCCAAAUUCCCUCCCGCCCCAGUGUUGCUGUGGGAAUGAUGAGUUGGAAGAAAACUCCCAUUACUGCUGCUCAGGGAUGUUUAAUUUUGAUUUUUUUUUAUUUUUUUUUGGUGUUUGUGAAUUUGGAUGAGUUACAGGCAUGGGCAAGGUCCAACAUUGAGUCAUAUUGUCUCUUUUUCUUCUGAAACAAAACUGAAAUGAUGUUGGGUGGGUGGAGCAGCCAUUAAAAAUUCAUAUCUGACAUCAUCAUUACCACAGCAACAUGUACCAAAUGGCAUCUUCAAAAUGCAACAACAGGAGAAGAGGUUGUGUGUGUGUGUAUGUGUGAGUGUGUGUGUGUACUGUGCAGUAAAUGGCUGCCAGUUUUAGAAAGCAAAGCUGACAUAUUCCCCCCGCCUUUUUUUUUCUAAAAUGUGCCCCCUCACCAUCACUGUUCCUAUCUUGUUCUCCCCAACCUCAAACCCUUCUCUCACACCCUGUUGGUGUGAGGUCAUGUUUUUUCUAGAUGGUGACCAAAUAUCAUUUGUCCUGUCCCCUUCCUUUCCCCAUCUUGCCAAAACCCCCUCCCUGCAACCUCACCGGUAGCUUGGCUUCUGAAAAUGGCACCCAUUAGAAUUUAGUCCUAAUUGAUGAUUGGUAGUGAUUACAGUUGUAAUAAACAAAAAUUACAUUUGAAACUAUUUCCCAGCAACUGUGUACUACUCUUUGGUCUGUAAAAUAUAACCUGAUACCAUAGAGGAGAAGAAAUGCCUGCAUUUAUUUCCUCCUUGUGCUGUACACUUUGAAUUUUUUUACAAGCCUCAUUAUGCAGAAGAAUAAGUCUGGCACGUAGUGUUGAAUGGGCAUGUUUUCAUACAUUCGAGGGCAUCUUACUAAUACAGAAUUGUAUUUUCUUAUCUUGGUGAAGUCAGUAAAAUUGACUUGGGGUGGGAAAAAAAAAUGCCUAGUGAAUGUACAGAGUUUUACUUUCAUAUUUGGGGUGACUGUAUUCCUAGUCAAUAUUUCAUCUGUACAAAAGAUCACCACAGUUUUUUCUCAGCAAAGCCAAACCUUUAGUUUUGUGUCUGUUUUUUGUCAUUCAACAGUUUCAAUAAAUCCUUUUUUUUAUAUACAA